AUUAGCCUUCUAGCUGCCAUCGCGAUCCUCACGGUUCUUAAAGGUCACGCACGACUGAUACUAGAGGACGCGCAUACGAACAAGGAGACGCCUAUAAGCAAAAAACCACCGAAAGAUUGCGAUACAUUCCAGGUCGUCAAGAAGAAGAGCUCCAUCCCAACUAUCAAGUCCCUCGCCCGCGACAUCCACAGCCACUCCCAGACGGCUACAGUAGCCUUCUAUAACCCCCUGCUCUCCUUAGAAAGCCGCCAGAGCAAGCGGAUAGUAUUACCCAAGUCUUCAGAUAGCCCCCUCACUAGCGAUCAAUACUUAAUAGUUAAUAAGGCCUUUCUAGGUAUUACCAUACUCUAUACACUACCACCUAAUAUCCAUAAAAUCGAGUGA